AUGUCCCUAUUUCACGACGGCCCCGUGAGCCCAGUCUCGAGCUGGCCAUUUCAGGAGAUUAACCUGGAUGAUUCAAAUGGUCCAUUGUCGGCCAUUCUUGCUCAAAAAGUUGUCAACAUUUAUAUUGUUUUCACCGAGUCGCAAGAUAUUAAACCACAUGCCGAAUUUCAGCUAGAGACAGAGGCCUAUACCGCAAUUGGAGGCUGGCAAACAGUAAGAGGGACUCCAAUCCCGACGAAGUCUAUCAACCUAGGGAUGAACCCCCAUUUGCUGCCUGCUACCAACUUCAAGUCAUCGAUCACUGUCAGCACUCCAUAUCUCCAUAGGGAGCAUAUCGUUUCGUUUAAAUUCCUGACAGCCGAUAUGAAUAGUACCCUGAAAGACUACCUGUCGGUUCUUAGAGGGAAUUACCAAAAAAUUCCUCCGGUUACGGAGGAUGGAAAAUUAACUCCAGAGCAGGAGGAGAUUGUAAGCAAGGAUUUGGCCCGUUUCUACAAUGGUCCACCUUGGCAGACGGGGUCCCAGGUGCCCGCUACGACAAUGGGAUCUCGCGAUUUCGUGACCUGGUCGUCUCUUUUUUCUCAUCCGGUCACCGCUCUGUCUUAUUAUAUUUUGCUAAACAAUCUCAGCACACAAUCAAUGAUUAGAUGGGAAGAGAACAAAAUGGUCCCCUGGAAUGCUGUUACAGCUCUAGGCUAUAGGCGACCCAAACCCAGCCUCCCCACUCACUUCUUUGAUUUUAUUACAAAGCCGCUGAGAAUCGAAACCGCACCUCCUCGCAGUGAUGAAGACCCCGGUCUCCCUCGCAGAAAACGCGUUAAACGCAUUGUUUGCAGUGAUGGGCCCGAAAUUCCAAUGGAUCGGGGGGUGUUCGGGGCUCGGGUGACAAGAAGUUGU